AUGACCGUAGGCCCUGAGCCCUCGGCCAAGGUGCCGAAGCGGAUUCUCUUCAUUGACGCCUAUGACUCGUUCACAAACAACAUUGUCUCACUUUUGCGAACACUUCUCGGAGCAGAUAUAUUCGUCAUAAGAAUCGAUCUCUCAGUCGUCGACAGACUUGAUGAGAACGAUGCGCCCGCCAAGUGGACGGAGCAAGAGUUUCUCGACAAUCUCUCUCAGUUCGAUGCAGUAGUUUGCGGUCCUGGUCCCGGAUCGCCACUUAACCCGGAGGAUGUGGGAGCUUUCAACCUGCUCUGGGAUCUUCCUGAGCACCGCCAAUUGCCUGUUUUGGGCAUUUGUCUUGGUUUCCAAAGUCUACUUGGAGCGCAUGGUGGGGUCGUGAGAAGAUUGAAGAGGGGCCUGCAUGGUAUGGUGAGAGAAAUUGAGCACCAGGGAGAUGACAUCUUCCGUGGAGUACCAUCUUUCAAGGCUACUCUAUACCACAGUCUAUGCGUGGAUAUCGGGCAGUACAGUGAUGGCUGGAAGGAGGAGAACCGUUGGAAGCCGACUUCGGAGUUUGCACCUCUGGCAUGGGCUACAGAGAUAAGAGAUGAUGGGCGAAGAGAGCAGAUUCUGCAGGGCGUGCGACAUCUCAGGAAGCCCUUUUGGGGUCUUCAAUAUCACCCGGAGUCUGUUUGCACUGAGAAGAAUGCACAAGGGGUUAUCAUCAACUGGUUUCAGGCUGCUCUGCAGUGGAACAGAUAUUACGGCCGACAAGUCCAGGGGCCUUUGCUGGAAAUCCAGACUCUCUCACCACCGAACCACCUAGAGUCUGCAGCUGCGCACAAGGAACGCUUAUCGGGAGAAUGGUGGUCGGCAUCACAUUUUGAGACGGGGUCCCUGCGAGACUUUGCGAAAGCAGCAGAGUACACACAUCGCGAAAUAUCUCUACCCCAGGGAGCUGGUGUACCGGAGAUUGUCGAGGCGCUGGGACUGGCUGAAGGAGAAUCAGUCAUUCUUGAUUCAUCAAGCUCAAAGAAUGGUGAUGCGUUGGCCUUGAACAGCAUUAUUGCUCUAGACGUCGAGCAAGCCUUUCGAGUUGAGUACAACGUCUCGAACGAUUAUGUCACCGUCCGGCUUCCAGGUAAAGCUGGUAGCAGCGACAAGACCGAGACAAUCAGUCUCGAAGACGGCACAGUGAAGGUCUGGGAAAUAAUUUCAGACUUCUGGGAGAAGCGAAGCUAUCCUUCUGGGUUCGACCAGUCAAAAUCAGCCUUCAAGGGUGGUUUCAUGGGAUUUAUCACCUACGAGAUGGGUCUUCACGGCCUCGAGAAGAAAAUGGUGCCAGAGAAUAGGGGUCAUGAGAGACCUGAUAUCUGUUUGGCAUGGGUUACCAAAAGCGUCGUCUUGGAUCACCGAGCCGGUGUCGCAUACAUCCAAAAUCUAAGACCUCGCGGAUCGGACGACCAAUGGCUCGAAAGGAUGACAGCAAAUAUUCAACGAUGCUUAUCUCAGAGAGCCUCGAAGGGAACCAACGGCAUCAACGGACAUAUCAACGGCAACUCUGUUCAGCACAAGAGAGUAAACAUCACAACACCGCAACCUGAUAGAUACGAGGAGCAGGUUCGAGUGUGCCAAGACUUUAUCGCAGCAGGAGAGUCGUAUGAACUUUGCCUGACAUCACAAACCACAAUGGAGAGGCCUUGUUCUCGAAACAACGAGAACGCCCCUUGGCAUAUUUACCAAACGUUGCGAAACCGACAGCCCGCUCCUUUUGGAUCUUUCAUCCGACUUGGUGGCGCCACAAUGCUCAGCUGCUCCCCUGAACGCUUCCUGCGCCAUGAUAGUAACGGGUUGUGCUCAAUGAGACCAAUGAAGGGUACCGUUCGCAAGUCAGAAGCUGUGUCGACAGUAGCGCAGGCCGAGAAGAUCCUCCAUGUGCCCAAAGAAGUAGCCGAGAACCUCAUGAUCGUCGAUCUCGUACGACAUGAUCUGCAUGGUGUCUGCGGUGUCGGCCAUGUUACGGUCCCUGACUUGAUGAAGGUGGAAGAAUAUGCUACUGUCUUCCAGAUGAUCACGGUUGUUAAUGGACAGCUACCUGGACGCAACGGACAUAAGCCUCACGGUGCUCGUCGAAGCAGCUUUGACUCUCACUGCCCAUAUACUGGCCUAGAUGCUCUGGCUGCAGCUCUCCCUCCCGGAAGUAUGACAGGAGCGCCAAAGAAACGCAGUUGCGAGCUCUUGCAGGUUAUCGAGGGUCAUCACGAGCGAAGUCUAUACUCGGGCGUCGUAGGGUAUAUGGAUGUCACUGGUGCAGGCGACUGGAGUGUUACCAUUCGAACUAUGUUCCGAUGGGAUGAUGAGGAGGCUCCCGCUCAAGAAGAUGAGACCGAGCCCAGAGAAGUAUGGAGGAUUGGAGCUGGAGGUGCGGUAACCAUUCUCAGCACACCCGAAGGUGAAAGGGAUGAGAUGUUUACCAAGCUUGCCGGUCCCAUGGGUGUAUUCAGAGACGCAGCUUGA